UUCCUCGGCUCCUUUUGAAUGCAUGGCUUCUUGAUUAUCACUUGCCGAGAAAAAGAAAAGUACGGGAAAAGACAAAGAUGAGAAGAAAAGGAAUAGGAAUAGUGAAAAUGACGAAGGGCGACGGUUCAGAGAAGAUGAGAGGAGUUCCUACAGACCAUGGCUUCACCGAUAUUGUGCUUUCUUGGUCCCUUGAAGAUAUUGAAAACGAAAACCUUUACAAGGACCAGGUGGAAAAGAUUCCACAAUCCUUUGAAUCAGUUGGCCAGUAUUUUGGGUCAUAUGUUUACCCCUUACUGGAAGAAACUCGUGCACAACUUCAUUCGAGUAUGAAGACUAUUUCAAGAGCCCCUUUUGCUAAAGUAAUUGCAUUUUCUGAAUCUAAGGCAUAUGGAACAAAAUUGUAUGACGUUGAGGUUGAUGAAUGGAGAAACAAACUCACUGUUCGUGGCCAGGAGCCUUACAAGACAUUGCCCGGAGAUGUAUUUGUUUUAGCAGAUGCCAAACCCGAGGAUGUUUCUGAUUUGCAAAGAAUAGGAAGGCAAUGGGCUUUUGUAGCUGUCACCAAAAUUCCAGAGGAUGUGCAUGAGGAUGAUAGCCCAUCAACCAGAUUUAAAGCCAAAGCACUGGCACUGGAAGACAUUGAAGUUGACGCUAGAAACCACAAAUCUUGGUUUGUGAUUUUCUUGAUAAAUGCAAUCCCUAACAAGAGAAUAUGGAAAGCAUUGCACAUGCGGGGAAAUCUACAGAUUAUCCAGAAAGUUUUGUGCACUAAUUCUUUGAUUGAGGAAGAUUGUGAUUUCUGCUCUGCAGAGAGUGAUGGCAGCUGGCAUGAGAAAUUUGGGACCUGUAUAAAUUCUAAACUGAAUGAACCCCAAACCCAGACAUUUCUGGCAUGUCUUCGAAAGAUGCAUUGCAGCCACAAGACGGAAGUGGAACUUAUAUGGGGCCCGCCCGGUACAGGGAAAACAAAAAUCAUUAGUAAUCUGCUCUUAUCCUUUUUUAGAAUGGGAUAUAGAACUCUUACCUGUGCCCCAACAGAAGUUGCAAUUACAGAAGUGGCCUCCAGCAUAACAGAGUUGGUGAAAGAAUCGCUUGAAACUGACGGUUCGUUUUGCUCAUUGGGAGAUAUUCUUUUGUUUGGGAAUAAGGAGCGACUCAAACUUGGUUCAGGCAUUGAAGAGAUAUAUUUAGAUCAUCGGGUCCAAAGGCUUACAGAGUGCUUGGGACAUUGGACUGGUUGGAGGCAUUGUUUUGAUUCAAUGAUUGAUCUUCUUGAGGAUUGUGUUUCUCAGUAUCACAUGUUCUUGGAAAAUGAAUCGAAAAUAGAGAGAGAAAAGAGCAAAGAAAAAGAGAUCAAAGAGGAAAGUAGGGAGGAAACUGAUGCUAGCAACGAAAAGUACAAGUCAUUUCUUGAUUUUGUGAGAAAAAGAUUUGUUUCUAUUUCAACACCACUCAAAAAUUGUUUUCUAGUCUUCUGUACACAUUUACCCAAAAGUUACACUCAAAGCAAUUUCCAAAACAUGAUUUCUCUAAUUGGCCUACUUGAGUCUUUUGAAACCUUAUUGUUUCAAGAUAGUGUGGAGUCUGAAGUGCUGGAGGAGCUUUUUUCUUGUUUAGAAGUAGUUGGAGAUACUUUGCAGCCACUUAUGGAUAUACCCUUCCAGUUGCAAGCAAGGAGAAGAGAAUGCCUUUCUGUUCUAAAAACUCUUCAGGGUUCAUUUAAUGAACUUGAGCUUCCAAUGGGUAUGAGCAAAGAAUCAGUAAUGGAUUUUUGUCUUCAAGCGGCUUCCUUACUUUUAUGCACUGCCUCAAGUUCUUACAAACUGCAUUCGGUGGCAAUGAAACCACUGAGCAUUCUGGUUAUUGAUGAAGCUGCACAAUUAAAGGAGUGUGAGUCAGCCAUACCCCUUCAACUUCCAGGUUUAAGGCAUGCUAUUCUGGUUGGGGAUGAGUGCCAAUUACCAGCAAUGGUUGAAAGCAAUAUUUCUAGCGAAGCUGGUUUUGGGAGGAGUCUAUUUGAGAGAAUGAUCUUAAUGGGUCACUCGAAGCAUCUUCUUAAUAUACAGUAUCGAAUGCAUCCGUCUAUAAGUUCUUUCCCAAAUUUGAAAUUUUAUUGCAACCGGAUCUUAGAUGCUCCGAAUGUUAAAAGAAAAGGCUAUGAAAAGCACUACCUUCCAGGUCGAAUGUUUGGUACUUAUUCUUUUAUAAAUAUAGUAGAUGGAAGAGAAGAACAAGGUGAUGUUGGGUAUGGUUGGAGAAACCUGGUUGAAGUUGCUGUUGUCAUGAAAAUAUUGCACAAUUUAUACAAAGCUUGGGUUGGUUCAGGACAGAAGCUCAGUAUUGGUGUAAUAUCUCCUUAUGCUGCUCAAGUAGUUGCAAUUCAGAACAGACUUAGAGGGAAGUAUGUUAAUACUGAUGGGUUCACAGUGAAGGUGAAGUCAGUUGAUGGGUUCCAGGGUGGGGAGGAGGACAUAAUAAUAAUAUCAACUGUGAGAUCUAAUAGGAAUGCAUCAAUUGGGUUCUUAUCGGAUCGUCAGAGAACGAAUGUUGCUCUUACCAGGGCGAGGCAGUGUCUUUGGAUCUUGGGAAAUGAAGCUACACUUGGUAAUAGUCACUCUAUCUGGGAAGACUUGGUCGUUGAUGCUAAGAAACGUCAGUGUUUCUUUAAUGCUGAUGAAGACAAGGAUUCACAAAGCACUUUUAAGGGAGCUGGACAGUGAAGGCGAGGCUAAGGGAGGCGGCAGCAGUGUUGAUAAGGGUAAGUCAAAUGUUUCAGAAGUUGCUGCGGUGUCUGGAGCCCACAGCCAAAGCAGCAAGGAAACACAAAACAAGGGGAAGGGUAACAAGAAGUCUAAGAAGAAGAAUAGGGGUAAAGGAAGCCGGAAGAAAUAAAUAGCUGUACAUGAGUUGGAAGGUUUGAUGACCUUAUGCUUUCAGAAACGUUAUUCUAAUGUGCUAGAAUACAUCAUUGAAAGAGCUACCUAAUACA